CGCAACAUAGGCAAACAAGGAAAAGACACUGAUAAAUGACUUGAAGCUUUUGUUUUCGAUUUACAGGACCAAACUGCAGAUGUGUCACAAUUUUAGCCACUAGUUUUAACAGACACUAUGAGUGACUUUUCUGUAAACCCGCUGGUGUUGCUUGGUAUCGGCUCCAGCUUCGCCUUUUCUGCCGUGUUUUACCAUUUGUACCAAGAGAAGAAGAAAGAGUUGAUAAAGCUGAAGGAAAUACCCAUAUUCAAACCAGACCAACACCUGGUCCGGGUACUGAAAGCAUCUCCUCACAAGCGACUUCACUAUGUUGCUGUCGAAGGUUUGGUUCAGGCGGACGGGGAGCCCCUGCCCAGCCGGUUUGUCCCACGAUGCUUUGGUGUGAUUCAGAAAGUUUCCGUGGAGGAGCACUGGAAAUACUGGAACUCCGUCACCAAGACAUGGAAUUCCCGGACGAUGAAUAAGAAAGAGAGCAGCAACUCAGUGCCCUUCAGUCUGGUCAGCCCUGGAGCCUACAUCAAUGACUUAUAUGUGAAGGUGCAGAACCCUCUGGAGGCCUCUGGGAGCUACCUGGAGAGGGUCUACUACAAAUUAAAACAUGCUGAAGAGGGCUUGGUGAACAUCAUGCUGCAGGGCCUCAAUGGGGAGAAACCUGUGGCAAUGGCGGAGAGCGAGGAGCUGCUGCGGGUGGGGACCAUACUGACUGGGUUCGGGGAGGUGGUGCUGGAGGGAGGCCAGGUGAUGAGGCUGCAGGCCCCACAGGACGGCCGCAAGUUCAUCCUGAUGCCCUCUGACCACAAGAGCUUUAUAGACAGACACGAGAGUUCAGCCGACAUGUGGAAGGCGCUGACUGCUCUCACUGGCCUCACGGGGGCUUCUCUCCUAGCUGCGGUUAUUUACAACUUAGUGGGAAAACAGGAUGACAAGUCAAAGUAGGCUUGAAGAGGGGGAUCUUACAAAAGCUGUGUUCAGGGUUUUGGGUGUCCCAAAUUUUCCUCAGGUGUUUUGUCAACUGAGCCUUAUAGAUUCAUAGCUUGGUCCUGAUGUUAAAAUAUUUCAGUUGUCAGACAGAUGUUUUCUCAUCAUGUUGAAAACUGUGGUAGACAUGAGGGCUGAAAACACAACACAUUAGUAAAAUAGAAAACAUAACAUUUUACAAAACAUAUUAAAAAAACUGAAAACAUGAUGAUAUUCUACAAAACUAAAAAAGGUAGUAACAAUAUUUCUUGAACCUGUGUUUUCUGUAAUGUUGUGUCUUGUUAAAUGGUAUUUUCUUGGUCUUGGGUUGUCCUUUUCGGCGACUCUCGGCCACCGUACUAAAUGGACCAUUUCAGAUAUUUGUAACCACUUCUCCACACCUACACCUGAUGAUGUAAACACAGGCCAACUAUUUUUUUAAAUUCUGGUUUUGAGCUCAGUCUCUAGGCCCAAGAGCUCUUAUGGGGGAGUGAAUGGAGCCGUGCUACAAGAUGAAUUCCUUGUAUGUCACUGUACAGUGUCCCGUCAGGUUGACCCCUAAUCACACAGCCUCAGCCUGCAACUAAAUGGUUUCUUCAGUCACUGGGCAAUAGGGAUGGAACAACUCAGAGGGGCAUGCAGAGUAUUUUAGUCAAAAAUUCAGUGCUUAAUUAUAAAGGGAACAAUUUAUUUUUGUACUGACAGUGUUUUUUUUUCUUUUACAUAAAACCAUUCAGUUUAAGAAAUUCUGUUGUCAAAAAUCUAAUCAAGCUUUUAUUUUAGUGAUCUUAUUCUCUUUCAAGGCUGUUACAGCAAAUCUGAUCAAAUCAAAGAAAUCAGUCGGUCUGUCAGUCUGAGACUCCACUCCGUAUGUCCAGACAGGAUGGUGAAUUUACUGUGAUCCAUGAUCCAUGACUAAUCCAUUUGGCUGCUAAUCUUCUACCUCUUAAAUCAUUUCAUUUAUACUUUGUUGGUUUAUGACCUGCAGUCAGUGUCCAGUCUAUAGAAAAAGGGCACAAAGCACUGUUGUAAACAGUCUUUUUUAAAGGUGGUGGUGUGAGUCUUGUGUGUAAGAAUGAGAAUAAUAAAACCUCUCCAAAGCUCU